AUGUUAACCCCGACACGGCGGCUCCCGAAGGCGCUUUCCCCCUACGCCCAAGCGCUGAGGCACGUCGCUCUCAGGGGUGCCACCGCUUUUGGCCCGGGCGCAAAAGAGAUGGAAUUGGAUAUGCUCCGGAAAGGAACGCUGCCAGCCGACUACAGGCCACCUGUCCAAGGAAGGUGGGACGAUACCAUUGAGCGGUGGGCGUAUGCCUGGCAGUUCCCAGCAGAAGAAGAGCAAGAUGACAUUACCAAAUCGGUGGAACGCAAUGCGUCAGGCAUGCAAGCGCUAUUGGAGAUUGGAAACAAGUUGCUGCGCUCGCCGCCAUCUCCAGAACCCCUCUCUGGGAAAGCUUCCAAGUUGUAUCCACCGGUUGGGGACAUGUCGAGUGGAAAUACCGCAUUGCUUCCACCCAACCCCACCUACGAUGUACUGGAGCAGGACGUGUCGGAGCUGAUGGCAGAAGACGCAGUGGUUGUGGCUUCCCAGCCCCGUCUACGCGCAGAGGAACUCUCAGCGAAGUACAACGUUCCCAUGGCUUACAUCGAUGACAGCUCAGAGGCCAGUAAUGCGAGUAAAAGCCUUGCCCUCGUGAUGGAGGAUGUCGGUUUAGAAUUUACAGAGGAUGGUCUUACCGUAGUCAUAUCUGCCCUAUCGAGGCAAGGGUACGGCACCAUUGGUCGAGCUAUUUUUGAUUUUGCCUCCACCAUGGGGCUGGGGCCUUCUGCCGAGAUGUACAAAGCAUUGAUGAAGUACGCCUCACGACGCGGAGAUGUGAACGAAUCCAUGGCUCUCAUUGAAGAAAUGAAGGGAAAUGGAAUUACACCCCGCAUCGGCAACUGGCACGAACUUAUGUACACCUUCUACAAGGCAAAGGACUACCCUGCAGUGAGUCAAAUAGUGGAUAACAUGAAAAUGUAUGCCAAUAUCGAACCCAAUGAAGUCACGUUUGUACUUCAACUUAAAGCACUGGCCAAAGACAACUCCCAGUUGAACUCUCUCCCCGAGGCAAUUCAGUUGUUUGAUCAAAUGGAAAAUGUCUAUGGCUUUAUAGCGUCACGUCCCCAUUAUGAUGCCAUGAUGUUUCAUCUAAGUCAGAGUCCGCGACCGGAAAUGAGGCUCCGGUGCGAGGAAUUGGCCCACAAAAUGGAGUUGAUGGGGAUUGUAUGGAAUGCCAACACAUAUCUUAACCUUAUUCGCUCAGCCCAGGUAGUCGGUGAUGUUGCGGCUGUUGAAAAGUACCUCAGUAGAAUGCGCGAGGAGGGGAUCCCAGCAAGCAUCGGGCACCUAACAUGGGCCGUUCAAGCGCACGUACAAAGCAUGAUACGGAUAGAUUACGAUGCGCUGAAGGAAAAGGAUGAAAGCCCCCUUCCUACUUGGCUCGAGCAUCUUGAAACGUGUUUUGGUAUCUACGAGCUAGUCGUCCGACGCGGAUGGGUAAUGCAGCUCCCCUUCGUGAACGCACUUCUUCGCCUAACCUGCCAAGCUACCAUCCUUUCCAUGGAGCGCACGCCAGAUGAAGCAGAGACCAUCGGUAGGUUCGAGGAGCAAGCCAACAAAAUUUGGAAUCAUACAUUUGACGAAUGGCAACUGCAAAAGGACGUCUACAGCUACGAAUGUUACAUUGCGCUUCUGGCACACCAGCAGCGCAUCGAUGAGGCUGAGAAACUUUUUCAAGAAAUGAUACUAAAGAAGGAUCUGUCACCGUCUAGGAGAACAUAUCACUGUAUGAUCUUCAUGCACCUGUCGUCGGGUGAGGAAGGAGGAACUGCGAGGGCCCUCAGAUAUCUGGAGGCAAUGGAGCGCGCCGGUAUCCAGGUUAGGCCAUCCCUUUUGAAGAAAAUCGUUCGGGUAAAUAACGCUGCGGGGUACAAACGAGAUAUGAAGCGGCGUGCGCGGCGUAUCAUGCAGGCGAGGGAGGAAUACCUUGCUAGGAAGGCAGAGGGCGUUAGCUUCGGGGAAGGAGGGAAGGAAGGAGCUUCGAAUCAAAGGGCAGAUGUUGACGCGGAGGGAAACUCCAUCCUAGAGCCUCUCGCUGUUUCUCCCACUUCAACGCUAGCUUGGUGGGAAAAGUGGAAGCGGGAGACCGUGAGUAAGCACGAGCUGUUUACUGAGGAGGGAGCUGACGGCACUCCAAAGGGAGAAACGUUCGAAGAAAAAAAUGAAGCUCUCCGGAUGAUGGGCAUCACGUCCUCAUUUCAAACGAAGGAUCUCGUCCCGCAACCCGACAGACAGAAACUGCUGCCUCUCAUCAGAAGGGAAGAGGGGGAAAUCGCGGGUAGCCUUUGGGCAAUGGAUGGUGGUGAGUUGUCGUAUCCGAAGGAUGGGGGCGGCCCACAAGGUUGGGGUGUCCGGCUCUGGCGUGAGCGGCAGCUUGUCAAGCGGGAAUACCAGAAAGUUUUGGACGGAUAUCGUCCUGUUCCCCAGCUUUCAACACUUGGAAACUCUGUCCGAACGGCCGGUGACCAAUUAGAUAUUGAGAGGAGUGGGGCGCAGACGCCUGGGGAAUUGUCCGAUUAUCGAAACUUUCCUGAUAACCGCUUUGACGGAGGUCAGCUGAAACCCGAGUCAGAGGCAGCUCCAGCAGUUCCCUUUUCCGCAGAACUGGUCUGGCAAGGGGAAGCCAAUGACAAGCUCUCGCCCUACAAGUCCGACGAGGAAAUUGCCCUUGAAAACGACAACACUUUCUUUUCAAGCCUUUCCAAGGAAACGGAGGGAAAGCUAAGUAUAGCGGUGAAGGCGAUGCAAAACAAAGAGGAGAAUUCUGUGGAUGUUAGAGGAAAGGGGGUGACGAGACGUUCUAAGUUUGAUUACUUGGAAAAGUGGAGAGACAUGUAUCGGCACGGCACACUGGAGGUGCCUGAGGGACCAACACUGAAUUUUGGCCGCACGCCAGACGAUCACAAGGAGACAAUGGCAGCUUUGGUUCGCGGUUGGUAUCAACGCAAUAGGAAGGAGCCAGCAUCCGAAGAAGAACUGAAGAGGUGGAGGGUCGAUGAGCAGCGAAGCAGCGAAACAUCGGCCUCGCGUGCGGCGCUCAAGAAGCGAAAGCAGGUACGAAGUCGUCACAGAAAUAAAUAG